CCCAUGGAUGCUUAGUCACCUGUAUAGAAAGCCUCCGUGUGCAACUUUCCAUACUUUAAUGCGCUCUUACCGCAUAUGGGACCUGUCCUCACGUUAUGCAACAGUACGUUAUGCAAGGACCAAGAAGCUUCUUGACGGGCCGUUAUAUGUAUGGCAUUUGUUAAUCAUGCGCAAACUGCCUCGCUUUGCCCACAUUCGGCACACAUAAGAGUAACAAGGGUUCGCAGUUAAUCGUCCUUGAGUACGUUACCAAACGCUUUCCUUACAGCUAGCAGUAUGUUUUCACAUGACCUGAACGCUGCUGCAAAGCGGUUACUGGCUGAUCAAAAGGCACGGGCAGAGCGGGAACGUCAACGACUGGAGAAGGAACGCAUCUUGGCAGAGCGUCAAAAGAAGCGAGAGCAGGAGCGCGAAGAAGAAGCCAGGAGAAAACGCUUGGAGCAAUUGGAGGCCGAAGAGCGGGCCAAGGAAGCAGUCUACGAGGAGCGCGAGCACAACCGCGGCGUCUACCUCCGUGUGGAGCUGCAGGCGCUGCCAGCAGACGAGGCAGCAAUUCAGGCGAAAGGCGUGAAGCGUAGCAAAGACAAGCUCAUCCUGCCGCCCUCCGUGGGCGCUGACCUCAUGAACCAGGAUGCCAGCAAGAACGGAGCCAUGCUGUUCGAGCUCACCCUGCCCCGCCAACCCCCCACCACCGUAUCACCAGCAACCCCCCAGCAACCAGCCGCACAACCAUAUGACCAGCAACCCAGCACGCCUCACUCUACCCCCGGCUCAGCUGCACGAGAUACGGGCGCAGGCCCUGGACCCGGCUCCACCACCUUCCCCUCCUCCUCAGGCUCGGGCCGCACCCACGCAGGUGUGCUAGAGUUCACAGCGCCCGAGGGCACCGUACUGCUGCCACGCAAGGUCGUACAGAGCUUGUACGGCAGCCUUGACGCGCAGCCGUACGGCACCGUGGUCGUGUCGUACAGGCGGUUGGAGAAGGGCUCCUACGUUCGGCUGCAGCCCAUGUGCCACGGCUUCCAUGAGGCUGCUGGCGAGGGGCUGCGGGAGGCGUUGGAGGGCGAGCUGCGGGGGCACAGCACGCUGACGGAGGGGGACUGGCUGACUGUGAACCACGGAGGGAGAGAGUGGCCGCUGCGGGUCCAGGAGUUGCAGCCCUGCGCCGCCGUCAGCGUGUUGGAUGUGGACAUGGCGGCCGACGUGGUGCCCUCCCUGGAGGCGGAGGAGUACCUGCGCCGCUGGGAGGAGGAGCAGCGGCGGCAGCAGCAGCGGCUCGAGCAGCUGGCGGCGGAGCGACAGCAGCGCGUGGCGGCGGAGGCGGCAAAGGCAGCGGCACGACAAGCGGCGGCGG